CUGCGUCUGGACAGUGGCACUGGUGGCAUGCCAACUACUGUCAACUUGAACGACGUCCCAUGGCUCAACGCUCCUGGUGUCUAGUACUAUAGGAUAAAUCUCACGAGUAUGAAACCAUGUGAAUAUCGUCACGACUCUUCUAUGGCCGACAGGCCGCCCGAGACUGAACUGCCAUGCCCUCCACGCAUCAGGACAACCCGAGCCCUUCCGCCUCGUCCAUAUUCCUCCCACUCGGUCGACGGGCGCGUCGAGACUCGAAAUCUUCCAUUUCGCGGGAACUGGACCAGGACGCUCUCAACGAGGCACUGGACACUAUCCACAAUGCAGCAUCACAAUCCAACAACUUGACGGUUUUCAACGAAUAUACCGAUCCGCCAGCCGCAAACCAGAAUUCUGAAAAUAAAACCCUGGCAGAGGAGAUACAAGGUGGCAUAUCGGGCUUGUACAAUAAAUUAAUCGCCAGUGUGGGGGCCACAAAGGAUGGCGAAGAACAACAUGAAGGGAACACGACGUUACUACAUGGGGAUGACCGGGCCAGUUCCAAGUCUGGCUCGGCUCUUACGUCCAAGGCUCAUUCGCCCCGGCUGCAUCCCUUCGACUCGCCUGCUGCAACUGACGGACCUGCCCAGUCAUCGAGGAUGUCGUCGAAAGCAACAAGUGUGAGCAAGGUCUCGAUGCCUUCCACCCCUGCCUUGAAAUCGCCAACCGUCCCCCCUCAACCUUCGUCACUAUUGGCAGAUCCGUCUGUCACGUCUGUCAAUAUACAUGCCGUCAGCUCUGCAAGCCAUUCCAGGACAGGCUCUGGAUUUGAUCUGGAGUCUCCUGCUUACGACCGGAGCUUGGCCGCUUCAGCAGAUAGCGAAAGCUUAAGAAGGGCCCUGUCAAGACCUAGCAAUGAUACCUCCUCAACGGAUAGGAGCAUCCGCCUUGUUGUUUCUCCUCAGCCCACGGGAACACAACGACCGAGCGGUCGGACAGUCCCGGCUUCUCAUGAACGGGGAUUAUCGUCUACAUCGGUUCAAAGCCAUUUGAGCCACGCCGAACCCGUGUCUGCCCAAAACACCGGCACAUUGCAAGAUGACAAAUCUGCGACCAGAGUCAGUUCUAGCAGACAAGAUGCUGCACCUCAACAGAAGCAGCAUUCGAACCCGCUGGAACUCUUAGCCGAAAACGUCGCAACCACGUCUAGAAGCGCAUCCCAGUCACAUGGGAAGAGCUCAGAUGCAUCAGGAUUGAAAUCUCCCUUGCUGGACACUGCGGAGCGGCAAACCGCCAGCGCCAGGACAGGCCCGAAGAUCAGUCAAUCGAAGUUACCCGGCUUUCGGGUCUCGCGCACAUCUUCCUCCGAUUCCACAAUUCCUCCCUCGGGCCGUAAUGAGCGACAUUCUUCUAUGGGCGACAAAAACAAGAAUGCCGAAGCCCGCUCUUCCCAAGCGAGGCCUGUCAACAAGUUACGCAGCAAACUCUUGAGCAAGGAGUUCUGGAUGAGAGAUGAGAAUGCAAAGGACUGUUUCCACUGUGGAGAGCAAUUCACCACCUUCCGCCGAAAACAUCACUGCCGUACGUGUGGCCAGAUCUUUGAUAACAAAUGUACAGUGCUCCUCAACGGAAGCUACUUCGGCACCAACGGUGCCGUUAGGGUCUGCAAGCCUUGUGAAUCAAUCAUUGCUUCUCAUGACGAUGAUUCCUCUGACUACUCGGUUGAAGAUUCUGCUCUGCCAGACUCAGCUGGCCGGCCCUGGACGCCGGAGCCAUUAUCACAUAGGAGCUCAUUUGCUCGAUUUGAAGACGACAAUGCCUCGGUCACGUCGCAUUUGUUGGAGCACAUGGCAAAAACUCCUACCAUGAGUUUUCCUGUUCGUCGAGCUUUUGAGGGUGCCGACAGAACAUCUGCAGUCCUCGAAUUUGACACCACUGACAGACCUUUACCACGACCCAGCUCGUCAAGGUCGCUGAAAGUUAGCCACUCUAUCGGCCAUGGUCAUAAGCGGCAUCACUCGCGACACCAGCACAUAAGAAAUUUCAAGGCGUAUCAUGAAGACCGAGCUCCGUUCCAACGGCGCGCCGCUGAAGAAACCCUCCGAGAGGGCAAGGCUUCCGCCUUUCAUCGUGACAGCAUUAUUGACCCCGAUCUUGCACAAUACUUGUCUGAUGAUCCCUCUAGCGAGGAUGAGCAAUCGCUUAACGAAGCCCUAAGCAGCCCCGACAAGUUAUCUCGCAGCGGCCAUGACAGCGACAAGUCCACUCUGGGCGGACUUUUAGCCGCUGUGCGAAAAGGCCGUUCACGAAUCGGCGACCGCAGUAUCGCUGGGUUCCUGAAUUUGGGGCGGGACAACGAUGAUAGCAGUGUAUCUGGCUCUCGCAACAUCGAUAUCCUAAGACAUCCUCGGAAGCGUAACCUGAGUGUCUCAAGCAGUGUUCAUCAACGUGGCACUCCCAGGUCUACUAGAGAACGACUGCAUAUCAUCAUCCCAGGAGCACAGGAUGAUGUGCAGGAGACCACUGCAGAUGCUGUGAGUGCCUAUCGCGGCGGCUCAAGAAUUACUCGAAGUGCAUCUAUGCGUGGUGUGGCCGCGCCGCCGAUGGAACUCAAUCGUGCGAGCAUUCAGCAUGUGCAUAAGCUGCUACAGCAGCUCCUGAAAGAUGCCAAUGUCCCGAAAAUCUCGAGUUGGGAGGACGCUCUUAUUCCGAUCCUGCUCAAGGCCACCGACGAUGUGGACCCGGACGUUCCAGGUGGCGACGACAUAGACAUAAGAAACUAUGUCAAAUUGAAGAAGAUUCCAGGAGGCAAGCCAGGGGAUACUGCAUAUAUCUCUGGAUUGAUAUUCACCAAAAAUGUGGCUUUGAAGAGCAUGGCCCGCUCCCAUUCGAACCCGAAGAUCUUAAUUAUCACAUUUCCUCUCGAGUACGCCAGGCAUGAACAACACUUCAUGAGUCUUGAUCCCGUCAUCAGGCAAGAAAAGGAAUACCUCUCAAACCUCGUCUCUCGCAUCGCCGCCUUGAAACCGGACGUGCUCUUGGCUCAGCGAAAUGUGUCAGGCUUAGCACUGGAACUACUCGAUAAAGCGAAGAUUACGACCAUCUUCAACGUCAAAUCAUCCGUGCUAGAAGGGGUCUCUCGCUGUACACAAGCUCGGAUUGCCAACACCAUGGACAAGCUCACCUCCCAACCAGACCCGCUUGGUCACUGCGAAUCCUUUGAAGUCAAAACGUUUGUUGCCGAUGGGCGGAAGAAGACAUAUGUCUAUUUGUCGGGAUGUCCUCCCCAACUGGGCUGCACAAUUGCGCUCAGAGGUGCAGAUCGAGAAACAUUAUCGAAGAUCAAACGCGUUACCGAUUUCAUGGUCUACGUGGUCUAUAAUCUGAAGCUGGAGACGUGUCUGAUGAGGGACGAGUGGGCCCUCAUACCCAGCGCUCCCACCGAAAAGGGCUCCGAAUCCAACAAAACUCCCGCCCAAACUAUGAAGAAGAACUUGACGGACGGUAACGACAACGAAGCGAAGCCAAAGCAAGCGGAAGGACAUCCUGCAGACCUUGACGAACAAACCCGCGACGUCUCCGAGGUCUCCAAUGCAGAAAUGCCUGCGUUAGAAAAGGAAGGAGAGCCUGCCUCCGCCGCCCAUGUAGACAGCCCUGAUACAGUGCACAUUCCGGAUGAUAUUCCCGUGCCUACGUUUUAUGAAGACCUUGUGCUCAAACACGAGACCCGGAUCCUCUCAGCUUCGCCAUUCGUCAAGUUCGCUCAACCCUAUCUCCUAAUGCGCGCUCGCGAGCUUGAAAGGCGCGUUGCUUACCUCAAAAGACUUCGAGAUCAAGAUCUAUCUGCCGAACAAGCUAUGGAUGACAAAGGCAAAACGCCCAAGUUUACUCUCAUCCAUCCGGAAAUGGUGCAUCGACCACUUGCUGGGGCCAGCAAGAAGGUGCGCGAGAUCAUCCAUGCAGUUCACGACGCUGAAUAUGACAAGGCCCUGCACAAUUAUGAAACUCAGAAGAAGCAGUGGGAGACAUAUCUCUCAGGGAACCGGAACUUGUUCGAUCCUUACGCGCACCAGAACAUUGUGGUGUUGUUUAGUCUAGUCUCAACAGAGACGUCUGUUCCCUGCUCUGGCCCAGAUCUUCUUGCCUUCAGUUUCUACAACGAGCACGAAACCGAAGCCGAAUUCGAAGCAGACUGUACCCUGGGACAAUAUGUCGAGGAUCUGUGUUAUCGCGCAAACGAGAUUUGUCAAUCCGAAGCUUGCGAGAAGAGAAUGUUUGAACAUCAUCGACAAUACGUGCACGGCGAGGCUCAGAUCACUGUCUUCGUCCAGCCUUACCCAGCGAAAAUGCGAGGCUUCCAGGACGUCAUCCUCAUGUGGAGUCAGUGCAAGAUCUGUGGCGUCGAGACCACCGUCACACCUAUGUCCUCGAGCACAUGGAAAUAUUCGUUCGGAAAAUAUCUUGAACUCUCGUUUUGGAGUGCAGAUCUGCAUGCCCGGGCAGGCAUCUGCCCCCACGACCUACACCGGGACCAUCUGCGAUAUUUCGGCUACAAAGAUUUCGCCCUUCGCGUCCACUACGAUCCUAUUGAUUUACUUGAGAUCAUUGUUCCGAGGAUGAGGGUUACGUGGAAAGUUGACAAUGAUCUGAAGUUUCGCAAUGACGUUUAUACCCGCUUGGAGCAUCGAAUUACCCGGUUCAUGGUGUCUGUCAAGCUUCGUCUCAAGAAUAUCAACCUGGACGCCGUCCUCCCUGAAACACUCGAAGCCUGCCGUGCCGAGAUCGAUCGGCUAACCAAGAGAGCGACGGAAGAGCAUGCCAGUCUAAUCAGACAACUUCAGGAGCGCUAUACAAACUCGAGGUAUUGGGAGACGAUCCCGCUCAACGGCAUCCUCCGUGCAACACAAGAAAAAGUCUCGGAAUGGGACAACGCCUUUGCAGAUUUUGAGAAGAAUUAUUUGCCUUCCGAAAGAGAUAUCCGCAGAUUGGCUGCCUUGCAAUUGCGCAAAAUCUUCCUUGAAAGAGAUGGCUCUGUCACGUCUCUGAUCUCGGCGGACGAAGGUGCAACCACCCCUUCAGCGGAGGAAGCUGUCAAUGAAAAAGAGCCACCCGAAGCCCCUGCAUCAAUCCAUGAGCUCGAUCGAGGCGCAAAUCUGUCUCCCGAGAAAACACAGGACGUUCUACAGUCAGUCUUCGAGGAGCACUCCAAUGCGUCUGCCUCGGAAAAGGACUCCACGGAACCUUCAGAAAUCAAGCCUUUGGAUGUGCAGAACCUACCUUCCGUUUUGGACGGACCAAGGAACGUUGAAGAUGUGAAACACCUUGAUUUGGCCAUAGCAUCGCCAAGUCAACGUCCCACUCUGCCAGCAGAACCAGUUGUUGUGCAACCGCUUGCUGCCGAGGAUUCGGCAAGACUUGGAGACACCAAUUCCGGACAGAUCAACACAAUCUCACCUGCCGCAGUCGAUGGGGCAUCCAGUCGUCUAGGGAGUGUCGGAUCCAUUUCGGAUGCGUCACCAGCCGUUUUGCCUCAGAUAGUCGCCCAGGAUCUUAGUACCCCUCGGACAAUGCGACGAACCAAAGAUGGCAGCUCCUCUUCGCCGGUCCUAGCACGUGCACAAUCUCAGCCGGCUGGCUCAGUGGCCCUUCGACGAAACCUGGGACAGCCUCCCUCGAGCACCCUUUCGGUCCUCAACGCAAUGAAUGGUUUUGCGACAGUACACAAUAAGCAGAGUCCUUCAAUGUCUCCGGGUGGUGACGACGCGAGUUCACAAUCGUCCGAGAAAAAGUUAUCUGAGCGGCUGGGACUGUCCCAGUUGAAAAAGAACACAUUCUCAAAAGGUCACUCUUUGAUUCCGCGAGCCAUCAAUAGCCGUAAAGAUUCGCGCGUCUCCAACCUUGCCAAGCAUUUCGAGCAGCUAAGUCGUGAAUUUGAAAGGGAACGGAUCCGAGAACGAAGGUUGCGGGCUGCCAGAAGCAAACAAUCUCGUGUUUACCCUCUUGCAGUCUCCAAGCCCAUCGUCGAGGUCUACAAGGAUGUCGACGAAGCUGUCGAGGAAAGAGGCGAUUCGGAUGAUGUAUUUGGUCUCGAUCUUGACUCGCUGGAGGAGAAUGGGCAGACAGUUAACACCGCUGAAGGGAUGGCUGAGACACAGGCAACUCAGCGAGGAGAUCCGGACUCACACGUUGAAGAGAGGCCAGCAGACACAACGGAAAAUGAAGUCGAUGUUCCGGAAUCCAGCCACGCAGCUUCCGAGAUCGAGGAUCGGAGUGAUAUCGAAGAGGACUCGGAGGACAUCCAACUGCCCGAUUCGCCCGAGGAUCUCUUGCGAAUAUCUCAGGAAGACGUGGAUCUCAAAGAGCUUCCCAAGCAUGAACGGACCUCGUUGAUGAAAAUGUUGACCAACUUCUGGGCCGAACGCUCCUCAAGUGGAUGGACGCCGCUGGAAUAUCCUCUUGGUUCGGCUGAACAUAUCUUUGCCGAUUGUGACAUUAUUGUCCGCGAAGACGAGCCAAGCUCCAUCAUUGCAUUCGCCUUGGACUCGCAAGACUACAAGACAAUGUUGUAUAAUAUGCAAAACCGUCCAGUCCGUGACAACGUUGCUCUCGACCUGAGCGGGCAUGACGAGCAUAUCGACGAUCCGCAAGCCGAUGUGAUGCACUCACUGUUGCGAAAGACAGGGACUCAUUUGAAAUACCAGUUCCAAGAAGGUCCCGCGAAGAUGGUGUGCAAGAUCUUUUUUGCAGAACAAUUCGACGCCGUUCGCAGGAAAUGUGGCGUCGCUGACAGGAUCGUCGAAUCGCUGUCCAGAUGCCUGAAAUGGGAUUCCAAAGGAGGCAAGACCAAAUCAAUUUUCCUGAAAACUCUAGACGAUCGAUUUGUUCUGAAGUCGUUAUCGCCUGUCGAGACGCAGUCGUUCCUGAAGUUCGCGCCCAACUAUUUCCAAAUCAUGUCCGAGGCCUUCUUCCACGAACUGCCCUCGGUUAUUGCCAAGAUGCUGGGCUUUUACCAGAUCAUCAUCAAAAACCCCGUGACGGGGCUGGAGUACAACUGGUUUCUGGUGCUCAUGGAAAACCUUUUCUACGACCGCGUCCCUACCCGCAUCUUCGACCUGAAAGGAAGCAUGCGCAACCGCAAGAUCAACGCGACUGGAGAAAAGAAUGAGGUUCUCCUGGAUGAAAACAUGGUCGAAUUCAUCUACGAGUCGCCCUUGUUUACACGCGAGCACAGCAAAAAGCUUUUGCGGUCAUCCGUUCACAAUGACACCUUGUUCCUGGCGCGCCAGAAUGUCAUGGACUACAGCUUGAUGCUGGCGAUCGACGAGACUCGCAAAGAGCUCGUGGUCGGCAUCAUUGAUUGUAUCCGCACCUACACGUGGGACAAGAAAUUGGAGAGCUGGAUCAAAGAUCGCGGGUUCGCCCGAGGCGGCAAAAAUCGGCCCACGGUCACUAGUCCCAAGGAAUAUAAACGGAGGUUCAGGGAGGCCAUGAAUCGAUACGUCCUCGAGGCGCCGAGCUGUUGGUAUCAGUUCAGGCCGGUGAGUAAGCUCGAGAGAAGGAUUUUGGGUAAAAUUGAAGGGGAUGCGGAUGAUAAGGGUGAAGAGGUGCAGAUCAGUUAGAAUGGCGAAAGAGAAAAGGCGGGCAAGUAUCGUUGUAGUGACCCCGUCUUCUAUCCGGCAUAUAUGGGGCCCGGUGAGGAAGUCAACCUAUUUGAUUUGUUCUUGGAGCAUGAGCGACGGGCGAUCGGGGGCGUUUGGUUCAUUGUGGGAAGCACAGCCCAUAUAUGGGCGUUGGUGUCAAUCCUCAUUGCUAUUGUUUUCAUCCAUGACCAUGACCAUGACCAUGACCUUGAAUAUGAGCAUGAGCAACGAUGUACGUAUAUACACUACACGCGAAUAAACGCAUGAACAUGAACACGAACACGGAUACGAAUAGAGAUACGAAUACGCAAACAACCGGGCAAAGGUCAUUAGAAGUCAUGUCUUCUCAUGUUGAACUCGUGUCGUUUCUCGUGUUUGAUGAACGAGACCCUCGCGUGGUCUGUUCCUGUCAUAAAGCUCG